CGCCACUGUUACAUAUACGGAACUAUCAGCGGCGGAGCGCAUAUGCGAUGUGCUCCCACAGGUGCUGGCAGUCGGGAUCUCUCGGUGCCCUGGGCUUCGGAGGGGCUCCUCCGCACCUGGACGGACCGCUGGAUGCCGAGACGAGCCUGGCGUCGAGGGGCGCAACGCUGAGGGGCACCUCGCAGCCAUGGGCGGUGGCUCGGGCGGAGGUGUCUGCCGGCCCGCGGCCGUCGUCGGCUGCAUCGUGACCUAUGUUCUCGGUGAUCGUCGUUAUGGUCCACUGGCGUCAUCGGAGGCGGGGACUGCCUGAGCCUGGCGGAGCACGCGCCGCCCAGGGCCGCGGCUACCUCGGUCUGCUGAGCGGCCUCGGCCUGCUGCCGAGCGUCCGCGCGACGUGCUGCGAGCUCUCCCUCGACGGUGGCACUCGCCACGGCGGCCACGGCCGCCGGGCGCGUGGAAAGCCAACUUUUUCAGCCGAAGUCGGGUGAGUGUGGAUCAGGAAGGAGA